AUGAGAGUAAGGAAGGAUCGUAACGGGAUCAAGGUGGAGGGGGCCCGCGAGGAUGGUAACUACCUUCAGGCUGAAAAUGAUGCCAAAGAUCCUCCAUGUAGCUGUUGGUGCGAGCUUGCUGCUCCUCGAUGUGCCGAAUGGCUGCUUCAUUCUGGUUUCCCUGACAACGCAAGGCAGCAAGCUGACGCUAUAUAUCAAGAGGAAACUCGGGUCCCAGCUUGUUGUGUUUUUGAUAGGACUGGUACUCAUGUUAUGGCUCAAAGUGUGCUCCCGAAGGCUGAUCAUGAAAGGGUGGUGGCAGUUGUCGGAUUGGGAGGUCAUAAUGGUCUUUGGCCUCAAAUGGGCUAUCAGCAUUGGCAAUGUCGACCUGCAUGUCAUCAUCAUCACCUGCUUCAUCAUCAAUACUUAACUCUUCAGGUAAGAACCAAGUUUCAGGGUCCCUGGUGGUAA